AUGUCUAUCACUCUUCUCUUGUUCCUGGGAGUCGCCUUCCAGCUGGGGCGUACCGCCGCCCAGACAACGGUGACGGUGAAUGCAGCCACAACCUACCAAGUAAUUGAUGGAUUUGGCUUCUCUGAGGCGUUUGGCUUCGGAAGUGGAGUCGAAAAUGCACCUGCCGCACAACAGACUCAGGCCUUGAACUACAUGUUCAGCACUACCGAAGGAGCUGGUAUGACCAUCCUCCGAAACAGAGUUGCAGCCGCCCCAUACGACACUAUUGAACCCAACAAUCCCGGAUCGCCCUCUGCGACUCCGACUUACAGCUCGAUCGGUGACGACUCCAGCCAGGUCCGUAUCAUAGCAAGCCCUGCCGCGAUGUUCUGGUCCAAGAACGCCCGCGCUAUGGGUGUCAAGUACAUUUAUGCGGACGCGUGGAGCGCUCCGGGAUUCAUGAAGACCAACGGUGACUACAUCAACGGUGGUUACCUCUGUGGCGUGACCGGAGAGUCCUGUUCCUCUGGCGAUUGGAGGCAGGCGUUUGCGAAUUAUCUUGUGCAGUAUCUUCAAGACUACAAGAGCCAGGGUAUCAAUGUUGACUUUAUUGGCUUCUUGAACGAGCCUGAACUCGCGACAAGCUACGACUCCAUGCUGUCUAACGGUACACAGGCUGCCUCCUUCAUUCCAAUUCUCCAUGCCGCCAUUCAGAAUGCCGGUCUUUCUACUGGAGUUACUUGCUGCGAUGCCGAGGGUUGGAACGCCCAAGUGAACUUUACGCAGCAGAUCAUCUCUGCUGGGGCUGAGCAAUAUUUGUCUCGUAUUACUUCUCACUGGUACACGUCACGGGGUAAAUCUCCCAUUAACACUAGUCUCAGGGUGUGGGAAACUGAAUACGCAGACUUGGAUGAUGCAUUCAGUACGACUUGGUACUCUAGUGGGGCAUUCAAUGAAGGGCUUACAUGGGCCAAACUUAUUUACCAAGGUCUUGUUGACUGCAAACUUAGCGCUUUCCUCUACUGGAUUGGCGCUCAAUCCGACAGCAACGCUGCGGGGCUGGUGACUCUCACGGGAUCUGGCUCGUCUACACAAGUGACAGCGUCGGCCUCUCUGUGGGCCUUUGCUAUGUUCUCCCGUUAUAUCAGGCCAGAUGCCGUCCGUAUCGGCACCUCUGGUUCUCCUUCGAACACCCAAGUAGCGGCAUUCAAGAACACGGAUGGCUCAAUCGUGACCGUCAUGAUCAACUCGGGCGCAAGCUCGCAGAGCGUCUCCCUGGGGUCCGGGUCUGCUACAUCGGCCAAGGCGUACUACAUGGACAAUUCGGUAUCGUCACCUACUGGCCUCUCAAUCAACCUGAGUGGCGGCAGUAUAGGGGCUACCCUUCCCCCUUACUCGGUAGUUACCUUUGUUACUAGCACUAGUAGCGAAACUGGCACCGCUGUAGUUCAGCACUGGGGUCAGUGUGGGGGGCAGGGUUGGACUGGGUCCACUGUCUGCGCGAGCCCGUACACUUGCGAGGUGUCGAAUCCGUACUAUUCACAAUGUCUCUAA